CUCCUUCCUACCCUCUGCACUUCCGAGUUUCGUCCCUCUUUGAGUUCCGCACGUCGGCACUCGUCGUUGGUAUGUAUGUAACAGAAGCAGAAGAAAACCCCAACUGUGAACCCAUUUUCUUUUCUGCUCCCGCGGCCAUGGUGGAUGCAGUAGAUACUAGAUAGAUGAUAGAUUGCUACUGGGUUCCCAAAACAAAAGAGAGAAAAAGAAAACCCAACUCCCGGAAGAGAAGUCUCUCGGCCGCGCUUCAUCUUUCAAUUAAUCGCCGGUAGCGAAAGGGAAAGCUUCAUCGUUUGCCUAUAUCAGGUACUCCUCUCGCUGCUCCGCCCACUCUUCUCUCCUUCAAACUCUGCUCAUAUCCCCAACAAUCACGAGAAUUAUUCAACGUUGCUUUAGCCGGUGUGAAUGCAACGCGGUCAAUCGCUUUUUGUGUUAGCAUUCUCUACUACCAUCAUUGAAAACAAUUAGGAGUUACUAGGGCUUAGAUUUCCCCCCUUUCUCUCGCUAAUCUUAGGGAUUUUGUAGCUGGUUAGGGUUGUGGGGACGGUGGAAAAGGAGAUGAAGGGGCGGUCUCACCGUCUGCAGAGCCAUGACCAGCACGAGGACUGGUUGGAUGGCUCCUGGACGGUUGACUGCAUCUGCGGUGUCAAUUUUGAUGAUGGCGAAGAGAUGGUCAAUUGCGAUGAGUGUGGCGUUUGGGUCCAUACCCGCUGCUCUCGGUAUGUCAAGGGAGAUGACUUGUUCGCUUGUGAUAAGUGUAAAGCCAAGAAAAAUCGAUACAGUGAUGCCGAAGAGACUGAGGUUGCGCAGCUGCUGGUUGAAUUGCCCACAAAAACUAUCCGGAUGGAGAGUAGUAUUGCUAAUGGUGCACCACCUCGCCAUCCAUUGAGGCUGUGGACUGAAAUGCCGCUGGAGGAGAAAGUCCAUGUGCAGGGCAUUCCUGGUGGUAACCCAGCCUUGUUCCGUGGUCUUUCUUCAGUUUUCACACCCGAGUUAUGGAAGUGUACAGGCUAUGUCCCAAAGAAGUUCAAUUUCCAGUACAGGGAGUUCCCCUGUUGGGAAAAGGAUUGUGAUGAUAAGAAUCAGGAAGAUACUGAGAAUAAUGUUGAUAAGGGUGCUGGUGUGUUGUUCUCGUUAUCAAAGAAGAGUGUGUUUGCUGCUCCGAUGGCUGCAAUAGGUGGGUUGAGACAAAGAGAGGACUGCGAGAAGAAUGUGCUCCGCAAAGAGUCAAAGAAGCGUGAUCAUAGUUCCGGAGAACUUAGGAACUCCCAAGUUGGGCAUAAGAAAGAGAGAAGUUUACUUCAGCCAGUUCUGAUUCAUUCAGGCAAGAGGAAGAAAGAAGAUGUGGCUAUUUGCAAAGACCGGAGUGGGAAGAAGAAAGCUAGGGUUUUAGACAAAGAGGUCGACUCAAAGAAGAGAGGUCUGCAAACUUCAAGAACAGUGGCAUUUCCAUCCACCAGCAGUGAUGCCAAAACCUUGGGAACGAAUGUUGGCAGAGAUCUACAAUGUCAUGGGGAUGAUGGCCCGGACACUAACAAUGGGAUUGUGAAGCAACAAGAAUCUGAAAAACAUGAAUCUGGUGAUCAUAUUUCAGCGUCCAAUAGUUUGGAUGAUUCCAAGGCCAAUGCGUUUAUGACCGCUCGCUCCAUGAAAACACCAAGUGAACCAAGAAUCAAGGAAAGAAAAACUAUUCUCGGAGUUCCAUCAUAUCCUUGUAGUUCUCUAAAAAUUGAUAAAAUGGAUGUGGUAGCCGGGGAAUGUGGUGGUGUUGUGAGAAAUCCAGUGCAAUUCGAACAAGAGGAUGACAAAGAUCUAACUGAGCGCUCUGGUGACGAGAUGGUUCCUUCCUCUGCUGGGAGUGGGAUGAAGCAUAGAGAUGGACAGGUCGAGAAGGUUAAACUAGAGGCUAAUGUCAAUCAAAUGAAUGGUGCUUGGCCACAUUCCAUCCCAGUUCCUGUUAGAGUAGAAGUUCCUGCUGACAGUUUUACGGGGAUGGAUUCCCCUCUUGCUUAUUCUGGAGCAAAAGAUAAGGGAAUAUCUUCCAACAGUGUGCCUGAAAACAUUAAACUUGAUGACGCGACACCAUCCACGUCUUUGACGAGGGGUAUGAAUGCUCAGAAACUUGAGAGGACUUCAGAUGCAAAAGAGGCAGUAAAUAAAUAUGGUGCGGAAAAGCUAGUAGAGAAUAACUGUCAAGAAGAAGAAGUCAAAAAGUUAGCUGUAGGUCCUGGUGAGCUUAGUAGAGGAGAACUUAAGCAGGAUUUAAGCUCAGUUGGAGAACAGUCCACAUCCAGCAAAACAAUCACAACCCAACCUACAUUACAUAGUCAAUGCAAAAUGAUUUCGACUAGGGGCAAGUCGUCAUCCAACUCAUCCACUGACAUGAUCCCAAAGACGGCUACUUAUGAUUGCUCUACAUCUACUGAUGCUCUGAAUGAGAUUGCCGAUGUUAAGCAACCAGUGUCUUCUGAUUCCUCGGAUAAGAAGGACCGAACAACAAAUGACAUUGUUAAUGAGAGGGAUGGGCAUAGUCCAUCAAGAAGCAGGUCAAGGGAUCGUCCAAAAUCGUCUCUAAACUCUAGUUCAAAAGCAUCCACAACCAAGCUCUUGCAUGCAUCCGCUUCUAGGAGACCGGCGUCUGAUUCAAAAGAUUCCACAAAGCACUUGUCUUCUAAAGUGUCUCUUGCUCAGGAUUCUUGUAAGACAACUGGGUCGCGGCAAAGUGACCGUGGUUCAAACUCUCAAAGCAAGACAUCAGGUCUACCUUUGCGGGGUGAAAAACUACAUCAAUCUUCUAGCAGUCAGUGUGCUCCUAAAUCAAGUCACUCACCAUCCAUGAAUCCUGCUGUCCCGCCCUCUUUGAUUUCAACACUCAGUGAUGAAGAGCUGGCUUUGCUUUUGCAUCAAGAACUCAAUAGUUCUCCUAGAGUACCUCGUGUUCCUCGUGUUCGGCAAGCUACCCAGUUGACUUCUCCAACUGCAACGAGCUUGCUUAUGAAGCGUAGCACAUCGGGCUCUGGAGGGAAGGAGUUCAGUUCGUUUUCUAGGAGGAAAGGUAAAGAUACUUCCAAAGAUGGCCAUCAUCGUGCUCAUCAGCUUGAUGAUGAACCUAGAAGAAAAGAUAGACUCCUCUCACCACCUGACCCAAGGAGACAAGAUACUGCACGUACUGCAGAUUUGCUGUCAAAGAGAGAUAGUGGGGGAUCUUCCACCAAAACUCAGACUCUUAAGAAGAAGAACACCGCUGCAGUCUCCACCUCAACAGCCAACAGUGGUCGUUCUUCAUCUGCUGAGGUUAAUGAUCACAAUAAUGAGUCAUCCCUGAGAAAUUCUCCCAGGAAUAUAUCCGACGAGGAAACAGGACCUACUAGCGGUUCUGUACGUCGCACGUUACCAGGCCUAAUCAAUGAGAUCAUGAGCAAAGGCAAGCGCAUGACAUAUGAGGAACUCUGUAAUGCUGUUUUGCCGCACUGGAGCAACUUGAGGAAGCACAAUGGUGAACGAUAUGCAUAUUCUAGCCAUUCCCAGGCUGUUCUUGAUUGUCUCAGGAAUAGACAUGAAUGGGCUCGGUUGGUGGAUAGGGGUCCCAAGACAAGUACGAGUAGGAAAAGGCGGAAGCUUGAUGCAGAUGAAUCAGAAGACAAUAAUGAGAGCGGGCAGGGGAGAAGUAGGAAGGAGAGAGGAGGGAAGAGCGUGGAGUCACAGAGAGAUCAGGAAUUUCCAAAGGGGAAGCGGAAUGCCAGGAAAAGGAGGCGACUUGCUCUGCAAGGAAGGGGAAUCAAGGAUGUCCGGAAGAGACAAAAGACCGAUUCGUCGAGCGACGAGGAGGACAGUGCCCCGUUCUCCAAUUCAAGCGAGGAGAGCUCGUCCAGCGACGAGGAGGAGAUCGAGGGCAAUGCAGCAGCUGGCCCUUUCAGAAGUGAUGACUCCGAUAAUAGCUCUGACGAGAAGUGAACAGUGUGAAUUAUGAAGGGUGGUGAUGGUGUUGUGUUUAGCUUUUGGGAGUUUGGGAGUCAAAAGUAGCCGGCUGAAGUAUGUGAGUUGGUGAUUAGCUAGUGUAUAGUAGUAACAGCAGCAGACAAGAAGAAUCCUAGUGAUGUUUAAACUUUAAAUUUUGGAAGCUAAUGUGUAGCCUGUAGGUGUUUAUCUGGUGCAGCUGCCUUGGCAUUGCACAAUGUAAUGUAGGGUUUUGGCCGUUUUGGGGAAAGUGGUUGAUUUGGUGGCUUGUCGCUACUUUUGUCCAUUCUCUCAAACUAAUUUGUGCCGAGUGUAGUAUGCUAAUAACAGUAAGAGAAAGUUGUUGAACAAGUGGUGGAGGAUGAUGAUUCUUUAUAGAUUUGAGCAGAC